GUCCUGUGGACGAGGCCGCUGCGUCCGCCUAGCACUCAGCUCUCGCGGGCGUCAGCCACGUUCCGGCCGGGCCCUGCCGUGAGUGAGAGCGGUUCGGUCCCCCACUCCGACUGUCCCCUUUCCUACUCGUCUUUUCCUAACCAGUUUCCGUUCCAGCUCCUUUCACCCGUCCGCCCGCCCACCUUAGCCUCACUGAAGACGACUGCCCCUCUCCGAGAGGGAACGGAAAUAGCGGAAAGCUGCCCUUAGUCAAGAUGGCGCGCGCGGCGUCAGCUCCGAGAGGCGGCGGGCUGGGCCCGGCCUGGGAACGCCCGAGCGGCUUCGCGCGAGCCUGCGGGCGCCCGGGCGCCGCGCUGCAUUGUGGGGUGGCGGCGGCCGCGGCGGUGUUGGGCCCGGCUGCUGAACCUAGGCGGGGCUGAAGCCAUGGCUUCCUGGAACGCGCUUUCGCCCAGUAUCGUAGAGUAUUUCGAGGGCGAAGACUUCUACCGCUGCGGCUAUUGCAAGAACGAGUCGGGCAGUCGCUCCAAUGGCAUGUGGGCACAUUCCAUGACAGUACAGGAUUAUCAGGAUCUUAUAGAUCGAGGAUGGCGAAGAAGUGGGAAGUAUGUGUACAAGCCUGUCAUGAAUCAAACCUGCUGUCCUCAGUAUACAAUAAGGUGCCGACCUUUACAGUUUCAACCAUCAAAAUCACACAAGAAAGUUUUAAAAAAAAUGUUGAAAUUUCUGGCCAAAGGGGAGAUUUUCAGAAGAAAUUAUGAGGAUGAGCCUAUGGAUUCCACAAUGGAAGAUGCUGUUGCGGGUGACUUUGCAUUAAUAAAUAAAUUGGAUAUCAAGUGUGAUCUUAAAAGACUCAGCAGUGAUCUCAAGGAGAGUUUAGAGAGUGAAGAGAAGAAGAAAGAAAAACACUCAAAGAAAGAACCAUGUAAUGAAUUAACUCAUUCACAAGCUAUAGAAGAGAAGUUGGGCUCUGGUGAACCAUCACACUCAAUUAAAGUUCAUACGGUUCCUAAACCAGGCAAAGGGGCUGAUUUGAAUAAACCUCCGUGUCGGAAAGCCAAGGAAAUCCGAAAAGAAAGGAAAAUGUUAAAACUCAUGCAGCAAAACCCAGCUGGAGAAUUUGAGGGUUUCCAUGCUCAAGGUCAGGCACCAUCUUCGUUCCCACCAAAGGCUAAAUCGAACCAGCCCAAAUCACUUGAAGAUUUAAUAUUUGAAUCUUUACCAGAGAAUGCAUCACACAAGUUAGAGGUGAGGGUGGUGAGAUCAUCUCCACCAAGUUCUCAGUUCAAAGCCACAUUUCAGGAGUCUUACCAGGUCUAUAAACGUUACCAGAUGGUUAUUCACAAGGACCCACCUGAUAAACCAACUGUGAGCCAGGUGAGGUUAGUACCUGUCUCCUUUGAGGACCCAGAGUUCAAGUCAUCCUUCAGCCAGUCCUUUUCUUUAUAUGUCAAGUAUCAAAUGGCCAUACACCAGGAUCCACCUGAUGAAUGUGGGAAGACCGAGUUCACAAGAUUCCUUUGCAGUUCACCUUUGGAGGCAGAGAACCCCCCUACUGGACCAGAAUGUGGUUAUGGCUCCUUUCACCAGCAGUACUGGCUUGAUGGAAAGAUUAUUGCUGUGGGGGUGAUUGACAUCCUUCCAUACUGUGUGUCCUCUGUAUAUUUGUACUAUGACCCUGAUUAUUCAUUUCUGUCCUUGGGUGUCUACUCUGCAUUACGAGAAAUUGCUUUUACUAGGCAACUUCAUGAGAAAACAUCUCAACUCAGCUAUUAUUAUAUGGGUUUCUACAUUCACUCAUGUCCCAAGAUGAAAUAUAAGGGUCAGUAUAGACCUUCUGAUUUGUUGUGUCCUGAGACAUAUGUUUGGGUACCCAUUGAGCAGUGCCUGCCUCCACUUGAAAACUCCAAGUACUGCCGUUUCAACCAGGACCCAGAAGCAGUGGAUCAAGGUCGCAGUAAGGAACCUGACCGAGUGCGGGUGUUUCACAAGAAAGCCAUCAUGCCUUACAGUGUUUAUAAGAAACACCAAAAAGACCCAAGCGAGGAGGCCACUGUGCUGCAGUACGCGAGCCUGGUGGGGCAGGUGUGCUCUGAGAGGAUGCUGCUGUUCAGAACCUGAGCCAGCGCCCCGUGCCUCCCCCUGGGGCCUUGAGCCCUGUGCCCAGGGGAGAGGCUGCAGCCACCCUCGGAGUAGACUUUCUCAGUUUCACCGUCGUACAGCUUUUCUAAAAGAUUUUGUGGCAAUGUAUUUGUGAGACUCUCAUGGUUAAUACAAAGAUUUUAAAACUAUGUUAUGACAUAUAGGCUGUAAUUGGGGUUUGUCAUUGUGGGAGUUUGUAGAGCAAAACACGCUAAGCUUCUCUAGUUAACAUUUUGGGAAGAAAAAUUAAGAUGUGAUUAAGUACUUUAAUCACAGUCAUGUUAUUUUUGUUGUUAGAGAAAUUCAAGCAGACUUUCCUCAGAUCCAUUCAGACAGUGGUUUAUCCUGCGAAAGUUUAAGUACAAUGAAGAAGUGUGGAAAGUACGUUUCAUCACUUAGAAAAUAUAUCUUCACUAGAGAGCAAAACUGUGCUGUCACUCAGUGUUCAGUGUUAAACUACUGCCAUAUGUUAUGUUGGGUAAUUAAUAGAGAAGUUGAAAAAGAAUAUAAACAUGACAAAGACAUCUUGUGUUUGUAGUGGGUGUCCAUUUGUCCAAGAGGUCCUGUUCAUGUCUGUCUUCUUGGCAUCAUUUUGUCGCUAGAAUAAUUGCUACCAGUGCUGCCAUUUACUUUCAGAAGUAUCUCAGUGUGGGCAAUAAAAUGCGUAAUUACUCCAGUGA